CCCGCCCGUCACGUUCCCCAUUGCCCGUCGGGCACCGUCAUUCAUUUGAAACACAUUCGUUGAACGCGAACGCCCCCAUCACCUCCAAACUCGCGUUGAAACAUCAUGGGUGCCAAGUUGAUUAAUCUGAUGGCAAUGGCCUCGCUGGCGGUCAUCGCCUGCACCUACGCUCCUGCGUCCGUCAGCGCUCUCUCCGUACCGAACCACCACCAGGGCCGCCAUGCCGCACACGAGGCAAUCGCUAAGCGCACGACAAAGAAGCGUUCGCUCAGCAAGCGCUGCAAGACGCGCCCCUCCAGCAGCAGCGUCUGGUCCAGCAGCAGCAGCACUGAUGCUGCCUCCGAGACCUCUUCGGCUACUUGGGAGCCCUCGUCCACGUACGUUCCGCCGACUACGUCGUGGACGCCGGAGCCCACCACCUCUUGGACUCCUACCACUACCUGGACGCCAACCUCCACAUGGACGCCUACUACGUCGUCUACGUACUCUGCUCCCUCUCCGAGCAGCGCGCCCAGCGGCGGCUCCGGCAAGAUCGGUAUUGCUUGGGAUGGCGGUAACGAUGCCUCUCUCGGCAACUUUAAGACCGGCCAGGUCUCAUACCUUUACACCUGGAGCCCGUGGAAGCCGACCGAUGCUGACCAGUACGGAUACGAGUUCUGGGCUAUGCUGCCCAACACGGACUCGGACUCGAUCUCAGCCUUCGAGCAGAACGUGGUGGCGGGUUACGCUACCACAGUCAUGGGUUUCAACGAGCCGGAUAUUUCUACCCAGUCUAACUUGGACCCUAAUGAUGCAGCUGGCCUCUGGAUGCAAUACAUUCAGCCGAAGAAGGAUCUUGGUUACAAGCUAAUCAGCCCUGCUGUAUCCUCUGGCUCAGGUGGUAUUCCGUGGUUGCAACAGUUCAUGGCCGCGUGCACGGAAUGCACCUUCGAUGGUUGUGCCAUGCACUAUUACGGAACCGACGCCGGCGACUUCAUCUCCUACGUCCAGAACUUCCACAGCACGUUCAACUGCCCCGUGCACGUCACUGAGUUUGCUGACCAGAACUUUGGCGGUGGUGCUCAAGCCUCCAUGGAUGAGAUUUGGGCGUUCUACGCACAGGUGAACCCCUGGUUGGACUCGACCGACUAUGUCGCCUCCUACUUCCAGUUCGGUGUUCUGAGCGAUUUGGACGGUGUCAACACUCUGAACGCUCUCAUGGGUAGCGACGGACAGCCCACGUCUCUGGGCUACACCUAUAUCAACAACAACUGGAGCUGAACACUCUGAGUAUCGUGAGGACAUUGCUGCUAUUCCCUGAUGUCUGUGCAUUUCCUGCUUCUACGCUCGCCUCACACCCUAUACCCGUUUUGUUUCCUGCAUGGGUACCUGCUGGCCUGGUGAUGCCCUGCACUCAAGGCUACUGGUGCCGGUGGACCAAGUAUCCACUUCGCUUUGGCUUGUUACUUUCGACACAAUGUGUUCGUGGUUUUGUGCGUCCCUGAUACCUGCCUGAAUGAGCACGUAUUUGAUAGAAUUU